AUGUUUCUAUCUGUCUAUCAAUCUCAUUUUCCUGUUUCUAUCUAUCUAUCUAUCUAUCUAUCUAUCUAUCUAUCUCAUUCUCAUGUUUCUAUCUAUCUAUCUAUCUAUCUAUCUAUCUAUCUAUCUAUCUCAUUCUCAUGUUUCUAUCUAUCUAUCUAUCUAUCUCAUUCUCAUCUAUCUAUCUAUCUAUCUCAUUCUCAUGUUUCUAUCUGUCUGUCUAUCUAUCUAUCUCAUUCUCAUCUAUCUAUCUAUCUAUCUCAUUCUAAUGUUUCUAUCUGUCUGUCUAUCUAUCUAUCUCAUUCUAAUGUUUCUAUCUGUCUGUCUAUCUAUCUAUCUCAUUCUCAUGUUUCUAUCUAUCUAUCUAUCUAUCUAUCUAUCUAUCUAUCUAUCUAUCUCAUUCUAAUGUUUCUAUCUGUCUGUCUAUCUAUCUAUCUCAUUCUCAUGUUUCUAUCUGUCUGUCUAUCUAUUUAUCUCAGUCUCAUGUUUCUAUCUAUCUAUCUAUCUAUCUAUCUAUCUAUCUAUCUAUCUCAUUCUCAUGUUUCUAUCUGUCUGUCUGUCUAUCUAUUUAUCUAUCUAUCUCAUUCUCAUGUUUCUAUCUAUCUCAUUCCCAUGUUUCUAUCUAUCUAUCUAUCUCAUUCUCAUGUUUCUAUCUCAUUCUCAUGUUUCUAUCUAUCUAUCUAUCUAUCUAUCUCAUUCUCAUGUUUCUAUCUCAUUCUCAUGUUUCUAUCUAUCUAUCUAUCUAUCUCAUUCUCAUGUUUCUAUCUCAUUCUCAUGUUUCUAUCUAUCUAUCUAUCUAUCUAUCUCAUUCUCAUGUUUCUAUCUCAUUCUCAUGUUUCUAUCUAUCUCAUUCCCAUCUAUCUAUCUAUCUCAUUCUCAUGUUUCUAUCUCAUUCUCAUGUUUCUAUCUAUCUAUCUAUCUAUCUAUCUAUCUAUCUAUCUAUCUAUCUAUCUAUCUAUCUCAUUCUCAUUUUUCUAUCUAUCUUAA